AUGAGACUGCUCCUCCAUGGGUCCUUAUCCACAGAGCUACAGACCAGGGUCCUUAUUCACAGAGCUACAGUACAGACCAGGGUCCUUAUCCACAGAGCUACAGACCAGGGUCCUUAUUCACAGAGCUACAGACCAGGGUCCUUAUCCACAGAGCUACAGUACAGACCAGGGUCCUUAUUCACAGAGCUACAGACCAGGGUCCUUAUCCACAGAGCUACAGUACAGACCAGGGUCCUUAUUCACAGAGCUACAGACCAGGGUCCUUAUUCACAGAGCUACAGACCAGGGUCCUUAUCCACAGAGCUACAGACCAGGGUCCUUAUCCACAGAGCUACAGUACAGACCAGGGUCCUUAUUCACAGAGCUACAGAACAGGGUCCUUAUUCACAGAGCUACAGACCAGGGUCCUUAUCCACAGAGCUACAGUACAGACCAGGGUCCUUAUUCACAGAGCUACAGACCAGGGUCCUUAUCCACAGAGCUACAGUACAGACCAGGGUCCUUAUUCACAGAACUACAGACCAGGGUCCUUAUCCACAGAGCUACAGACCAGGGUCCUUAUCCACAGAGCUACAGACCAGGGUCCUUAUCCACAGAGCUACAGACCAGGGUCCUUAUUCACAGAGCUACAGUACAGACCAGGGUCCUUAUUCACAGAGCUACAGUACAGACCAGGGUCCUUAUUCACAGAGCUACAGACCAGGGUCCUUAUUCACAGAGCUACAGACCAGGGUCCUUAUUCACAGAGCUACAGACCAGGGUCCUUAUCCACAGAGCUACAGACCAGGGUCCUUAUUCACAGAGCUACAGACCAGGGUCCUUAUUCACAGAGCUACAGACCAGGGUCCUUAUUCACAGAGCUACAGACCAGGGUCCUUAUCCACAGAGCUACAGUACAGACCAGGGUCCUUAUUCACAGAGCUACAGACCAGGGUCCUUAUCCACAGAGCUACAGACCAGGGUCCUUAUUCACAGAGAGAGUGAUGGAGUGCUGCAUCAGAUGACCUGGCCUUCACAAUCACCGGGCUUCAACCCAAUUGAGAUGGUUUGGGAUGAGUUGGACCGCAGAGUGAAGGAAAAGCAGCCAACAAGUGCUCAGCAUAUGUGGGAACUCCUUCAAGACUGUUGGAAAAGCAUUCCAGGUGAAGCUGGUUGAGAGAAUGUCAAGAGUGUUGCAAAGCUGUCAUCAAGGCAAAGGGUGGCUACUUUGAAGAAUCUCGAAUACAUUUUGAUUUGUGUAACACUUUUUUUUUUGCUACGACUUGAUUCCAUAUGUGUUAUUUCAUAAUAAUAAAUAGUAAAAAUAAAGAAAAACCCUUGAAUGAG